UUUGACUGCAAGCAAGCGUAAUGGGUAUAUUCAGGAGUUGCUUCACCUUCAUUGCAGGGACGGUCUUUGGGAUUUACGUGGCUCAGAGCUAUCAAGUUCCUGAUGUCAAGAAGGAAGCUGACACUGCCUUGUUACAAGCAAAACAGGUUGAGGAAAAAUAUCGAAAGUCUAAGGAAGAAGGGCGAUGAUCAAUGAUGGUUAUUAUGAUUACAACUUCUAUAAAUUCUCACACUGAAAUCAGGUUCUUGUUUUUGUACUUUUGCUUUUCUGGGUGCAUCCUAUAGGUAUAGGAUCAGAUACCUCUAUUGGAAAUUAAACAAUAAUUAGUGGAAAAUCUUUACACAAGUGUAACGUGAGUAAUACUCUGAUACUUAAAUCUUCGAUAAUGUUAGCACCAAGCCAGAAAUUUGUUUAGUGGUGUUAUGCCGGAAAAGACAUUCUUUUUUAUAUCAUCCUUUAACUGUUGCUCUUGGUGAUGAUAUCUGAUUCUUUCAAAAUGUUGUAUUGUUUGUUUAACGAAAUAUAUAUGUAAUGUGGUGUGGAGAAGUUGCUUGUUGUCCUUCAUAUUGAGGAGAAACCAGUGAGAGGUUUUUUAUCAUA